UUUCCAUUCAUUAAAUCUUGAAAAGAUUUAAGAAAAAAUGCUACCUCCUCUGCUGCGAUGGAUUAUUGUGCUCUUGUUUCUAAGAUGGAUCCAUGGUGUGAAGUUUAUGUUAAUGCAUACAAAUGACAUGCACGCCUGGUUCGAUCCGAUUUCCGCUAAAGGUGGAAAAUGCCAACCCGUCGACGAUGAACAGGGCCAGUGUUUUGGAGGAUUUGGUAGAGUGGCCACCGCUUUAGAAAAGGCCAGGAAUUCAGGACCUACCAUAUACUUAAAUGCUGGCGACACUUUUCAGGGCACUCCUUGGUUUUCGGUCUACGGAGGAAAAAUGGUGGCGGAACUUCUGAAUAUGCUGGCACCAGAUGCCAUGGCUCUCGGAGUCCAUGAGUUCGAUGAUGGCGUUCCUAAGCUGAUAGAAUUCUUGGAACUAGUCAACUUUCCCGUGGUCAGUGGGACUUUAAACCUGACUCAUGAGCCCAAAUUGGCCGCUUGUGCAAAAUUAAUGGAAUAUAAAAUAUUAAAUUUGAACGAAACAUUAAUUGGAGUCGUUGGCUAUAUAAGAUCCGAUACCAAACAACGCACUCAGCCCAACAAUGUGAUCUACAAAAGGGAGAUUUCAUCCAUUAACAAAAUAACCAAAAUACUUAUCCAGAAUAAUGUAAAUAUUAUAAUUGCAUUGGGUCACUCGGGUUAUCAAGCGGAUAUGGAUAUAGCUAUGCAUUGUCCCGAUGUGGACAUCGUAGUGGGUGGCCAAUCGCAUACGUUUCUGUACUCGGGAAGGGUCCCCGAUAAAGACGUAUCAGAGGGUCCUUAUCCCACAAUAGUGAUCAAGCCAGACGGCCGGAAAGUUUUGGUUUUGCAAGCCUAUGCUUAUACCAAGUAUUUGGGAAAGAUUAAUUUAGAAUUCGAUAGCGGAGGAAACCUUAUUUACUUUAACGGAAACCCAAUCCUCUUGGAUAACACCUUCCAGCCCAGACAAGAUAUACAGGAGUAUCUCGAGAAAUACCGCCAGGUGAUUAAAGACAUGGAGAACCACGUGGUGGGCACUACCACGGUAUUCCUGAAUGGCGACCGGAAGAGCUGUGGUCUGGGAGAGUGUAACUUUGGGAAUAUCAUAGCCGAUAGCUUUGUUUACGCCCGGGUUUUGGAGACGAUGAGUGAUCGAAGCUCCUGGACAGAUGCCUCUAUUGGGAUAAUCAAUGCGGGAGCCAUCCGGGCCUCCAUUGAGCCUGGGGAAACGGGUGCCAUUACUGAGGCCGAUGUGGUAAUGGUUCUACCAUUAAGCCAGGAACUCUUCUAUACCAGAAUCAGUGGUGCUCAGUUGAUGAGGGCUUUCGAGCACUCCGCCUAUUUGCGGUCCACAGACAACACCGGUGGCUUCCUUCAGGUGUCCGGCCUCCGGCUGAAGUUCAACUACAGCCAUCCCAAAGGACAGAGGAUUACAGAGAUCAAGGCCUUGUGUUCCUCGUGUCAGAUUCCCCACUACGAGAACGUCAUCCCUGAAAAUUAUUACGGCGUAGUCCUUACAUCGUUUUUGCUCCAUGGAGGCGAAGGCUAUAACUUCAUUGAUAGCCGCAAGCCGACUGUUCAGAAUCUAAGCAUCCUCGACCGGAUGGCUGUGAUCCGGUAUCUGCAGGAGCACAAGGUCAUCUAUCCGGAACGAGAAGGACGCAUCAUGAUGCAGGAGAGAGUGUAUCACAGUUCCUCUGGCCGCAGGGGUCUAGUUUCAGCCAUUUUAUUUGCCACAUUUCUCUACUUGGCCAGUAAAUUAUGAUUCCCAGUUA